AUUCUGGAGACAACUCCCAUUGUCACAGGCAUAAAAGAGGUGGGGUAGGGGAAAGGAGCACGCAUUCCUGCUUCAGGAUCACAAACCGCAGCUCGCUUCGGGUCCUUGCUGUUGCUCUCUAUGGCGAGUUACAGCUUCAGGCAAACCACCUCCGUGGCGGGGGGGGCUGGCGGCCGCUCGCUCCGUUUGGGCGGCGGCUCCUUCAGGGCUCCGAGCAUCCACGGCGGAUCCGGCGGCACGGGUGUGUCAGUCUCUGCCGCUAGAUUUGUCUCUUCUGGCCUAGGAAGCGGCCUGGGCGGUGGAUAUGGAGGUGGCUUCAGCAGCAGCUUUAGUGGAGGCUUCGCUGGUGGCUAUGGUGGUGGCUUGGGCUCUGGUGAUGGUCUCCUCUCAGGGAAUGAAAAGACAACGAUGCAAAACCUGAACGACCGCCUGGCGUCCUACCUGGACAAAGUGCGCGCGUUGGAAGAAGCGAACACGGAUCUUGAAAGUAAAAUCCGCGAAUGGUACCUGAAACAAGGACCAGGCCCCGCUCGAGACUACAGCCCUUAUUACAAGGCUAUUGAAGACCUCCGAGAGCAGAUCCUCGCCGCCACUAUCGACAACUCGAAGAUUGUCUUGCAGAUUGACAACGCCAGGCUGGCUGCUGAUGACUUCAAGACCAAGUUUGAAACAGAGCAGGCUCUUCGCAUGAGCGUGGAGGCCGACAUCAGCGGGCUGCGCAGGGUGCUGGAUGAGCUGACGCUGGCUAGGGCCGACCUGGAGCUGCAGAUCGAGAACCUGAAGGAGGAGCUGGCCUACCUGAAGAAGAACCACGAGGAGGAAAUGAGUGCCCUGGGAGGACAGGUAGCCGGCCAAGUCAGUGUGGAAGUGGACUCCGCUCCAGGCAUUGACCUGUCCAAGAUCCUGGCCGAUAUGAGGGACCAGUAUGAACACAUGGCGGAGAAGAACAGGAAGGACGCUGAGGCCUGGUUCCACAGUAAGACCGAAGAGCUGAACCGUGAAGUUGCUGUCAAUACCGAACAACUGCAGAGCAGCAAGUCCGAAGUCACUGACCUGAGACGUACCCUCCAAGGGCUGGAAAUAGAGCUGCAGUCCCAGCUCAACAUGAAAGGCGCGCUGGAAGGCACGCUGGCAGACACCGAAGGGCGAUACAGCGCCCAGCUGGCGCAGAUCCAGGACAUGAUUGGCAGCAUCGAGGCGCAGCUGGCUGAGCUCCGAGCUGAUAUGGAGCGCCAGAACAGCGAAUACAAGAUGCUCAUGGAUAUCAAGACUCGUCUGGAGCAAGAGAUCGCUACUUACCGGCAGCUCCUGGAAGGCCAGGAGUCCCACAUGAGAAGAGAACCCGCCUCGCACACCCUCAUCUCACGCAGCGCGAUGUGUUUCCUCUCCUUUCAGCUCUCCUCUCUUUGCUUGCAGGUUGUUUGGCUCCCUUUCUGGAUCUGCUGAAAAAAGAGACAAGCUGGCGGAGGGAAAAUAGUACUGAACAUCCCAUAAAUGUCAUCUUCAAGAUGAGGAGGAAAAAAAGGAAUUAAAAUGCAGAGGAAUCACACCGAAAUGCUGGAAAUUAACUGCACGGAAAAUUCUUGACCACACAACGUUUAAGUAGAUUGGUCCAUUUAGCAGUGAUUAAUUUGCAGACUAGGUUAGGUUUUUAAUUACUUCUAGUUCUUUCUUGUACUGUAAAGCUGUUUCUACCUACUCCAAUAAAGAUGACCUUGCAAUCUCA